CCAAUUACCCUGACAGGCCUUCAAGAUGGAUCCUACAACAACAACAUAAUGUCGGAUGUCGGCAAUUUACGUAUAUUGUGUGAAUUUGUGAUAGUACACUAAAAAUGGUUUACACAAAUUGUUCUUCAUAUGGCAAAUAAGUAUGAAAUAAGUAGGUGUAUUAAAAGUCGCUGAAUUACUUCCGAUUUCUCACAAUGAUGUCUAGUGUUGGGUGCCCAACCCAUUAUACAAUUUUUAUUUUCGUUUCGAUUUUAAUGAAAUUCCUCUUUGUUGAUUGUCAUACAAUUGAUCCUUUAGAUGAGGAGAAAGAAAUCUCUGUGUUUAUUAAUGUUUUGGUGUAUAAGCCGACAGAAAUUCCAAUUGGAUCUAACGUAACAAUUAUGUGUAGAACUACUAUGACUGCAAGUAAAAUAGAAUGGAUAUUUGGAUCUAAAAACAUAACUGAACAAGAAGGAUUUUCACUGGAAAAGGAAGGUGAAAAUAUUGAAGAAACAGGAAAGAAAUAUGAGGUUUCCAUCUUACACAUUUUUAAUAUUGAUUUACAUCAUAUUGGUGAAUAUACUUGUCUUUCCUUCACAAAAGAUCAAAAGCUUGAUAUUGCCAGACAAAUCUUGAAUGUAACCAUGACUCCAAAUGUAAUUGCUAUAUCACCAGCAAUUCAUACUAAAAUGACCAAGAAGGUUAAAUUAUUCUGUACUAUACAAGGAUAUCCUAUUGAUGAAAUUGCAUGGUUUAAAAAUGGACAAAUGUUGGAAAAGGACUCUUGGAAAGUGGAAAGUAUUAAUGAAACAUUGAAAAAUACUACUUUUGAAAUAGAUAGUGUCAAUAAAAAUGACAAUGGAACUUAUAUGUGUUUUGCCAGUACUAAUAUAGAAUCGGUAAACAAAACAACCAUGAUCUUAGUUCUGGAUAAACCUCAAAUCAAUAUAGAUUUUAUAAAAUCCAUUGGAAUUGGCAAAAUUUACUUGAACUGGACAGUAAAUGAUGGUAAUGACCCUAAACAUCUAACUUAUAGAAUCCAAUACAAAUUUGGCGAAGAUUCAACUUGGUUCUAUUAUCCUGAUAAAGUUGAAGGAAGCAAUAGAUCCUAUAUCCUGAAAUCAAAUUUCAAAAAUGACACGGAAUAUACAGUGCGUAUUAUGGCAUCGAAUCAAGAAGGAGACAGUCAAUAUUCAGUUAGUAAACCAGUUGCAAUACUAUCGGAAGAACCUAUAUUUAUCCCUGAUGUUAAAGUAACAGGAGUAACCGUCAGUUCAAUUACAAUCAAAUGGAGUGAUCCGCCAAAGAAAUUUGAUGAUCUUAUUCACUAUUACCAGCUUAUAUCGAAAAGUACCAAUUCUUCUACUAAAGAGACAAUCCAACCAGCAUCUAGGGAUAAUUUAUAUAUGUUUUCUGAUUUGAAUCCUGCCACAUCAUAUGUUUUUCAAGUGGCUGCUUGUAGUGAUUAUACAAAUACUUGUGGCCCUUCUUCUGAUAUUGUAAACGGUACAACAAUGGAUGGAAUAUCCGGUCCUCCAUCAGAUGCCUUCAUCGAAUGUAGAUUUGAUAAUAUCAGUCAAACAGGAUUUGUUUCUGUUUCUUGGAAGCCCCCUAUUGAUCCUCAUGGCACUAUCAUGUCAUAUAAUGUGAAUGUUGAUGGGAGUGCCAUAUUUUACAACGAACAAGGAAAUAUGGAACAUAUAACUUGGGGACCUAAGAUAACCAGUGUCAAUGAGAACACGAUAAAUACGCGAUUUUAUAAUGUUUCUGCAAACACGAAUUAUACUGUAAGGAUAUCUGCUGUAACACGCACAAAACGAAAUGGCCAAGAUGUUGAAUUGAAGUGCAGUAUGCCACCUACACUGCCUGAUAAACAAAAGCUCUCUCGUCUGACAUGGAGAAAAAUUGAGGAGCAGCUAGGAAAAUAUAUUUUUAAAUUGAACAUACCACGUAUUUCUGAACGUAACGGACCUAUUUGUUGCUAUAGAAUCUAUUUAGUAAGAAUGGAAUCUCAGCAGAAAUUAGGAGACAUGCCUGAACCUGAAGAUUUGCUCAUCGUUUCUUAUGGAGAAGCCCAUCGUACACAUAAAGGGGGAGCUUAUGUUGCCGAAAUGUUUGACAAUAGUGUGUUUCAUCCUGAAGUUUUUCUUGGUGAUGAUCAAGUUUAUAAUUUUUCUGGAAGUGAAUGUGAGAAAUGUAUAGGCUUGAGGCCUUAUUCCGCACCUCGCCAAAUUGCUACAACAGCUUCUAAUGUUACCUCAAACACCACUUCCAAUGAAACAGUUGAAAGGGUGAGGAGAACUGAUUUAGUAGAUCCCUUACCCCCUUAUGAUGGCAGUUUGGAUAUAAAUAGUAAUUACACUGGAUUUGUAGAAAUUUUAGUGCGAGGUCCUGGCUAUAGUACUUUAGCAGCUUAUAGCAGCUAUUUUGUGAUGAUGAACCCUGGACCUGAAGUUGUUGAAGCUCCAGUGGCCAAUUCUUUUUCGUUGGUUGUGAAAACUCUUUGUGGGUUAUUACUGGUUAUAUUUUUGCUACUAUUCGCCUUGAUUGUUUUGCACCGCUAUACAAAACAAGCUCAUGCACAGGCUGUAGAGAUGAUCACUUUCCGUACUUCACUAAGGAGUUUACGAGGGAGACAACGCUUGGUAUCUUUAAAUCCGCCUGAUAUGUGUCCAAUCCUUAAAAGAGACCUUCUAUCAGCCUACAUUGAAAGACAUAGAGAUUCCGAUUACGGUUUUCAACAGGAAUUUGAACUGUUACCAGACAGAUUCAGUGAUAGAACUACCAGAGCAUCUGAUUCAAGAGAUAAUGUUUACAAAAAUCGAUAUCCCGAUAUCAAAUCUUACGAUCAAACAAGAGUGAAACUUUCCCAAGUGGACAGUAUUGCUGGUUCAGACUACAUAAACGCCAACUACGUAUUGAGUUAUAGGGAAAGGAAAAAGUUUAUUUGCGCUCAAGGUCCCAUGGACACCACAGUCAACGAUUUUUGGAGAAUGAUAUGGGAACAACAUCUGGAACUUAUCCUCAUGUUGACCAAUUUGGAGGAAUAUAGCAAAACAAAAUGUGCCAAAUAUUGGCCUGACAAAGUUGAUGGAGAAAAAAUUUUCGGAGAUAUUAGCGUUACUCAUUUAGAUGAGAUUAGGUUCUCUGAUUAUUUAGUUAGAAAUCUCAAGAUAUGUCGAAAGAACGGCAUGAAAGAAGAAGAACGAAAAAUAACUCAAUACCAUUACUUGGUUUGGAAAGAUUUCAUGGCCCCCGAACAUCCUAAUGGAAUCAUCAAAUUUAUUAAAAGAAUGAACGAGAUCUAUUCUAUUGAGAAGGGAUGCAUUUUGGUUCAUUGUAGUGCGGGAGUUGGAAGAACGGGUACUCUAGUUGCUUUGGAUUGUCUUCUACAACAGCUCAAAGAGGAAGGACAAGUUUCUAUAUUCAAUACAAUAUGUGAUCUGAGACACCAGAGGAACUUUUUGGUACAAUCAUUGAAACAAUAUAUAUUCAUAUAUCGUGCUUUGAUGGAAGUUGCUCAACAUGGAGAUCAAGAAAUAAAUGCAGAUGAUCUGAAAACCACUAUUGAAAAAGCGAAGAAAUGUGAUAUGAACGAAUCUAAAUGUAAAUUAGAAGAACAAUUUGAGAAAAUUAUAAAUGCUUUUGAGGAUAGAAAAUCAACUUCUGUAGCUCUUGCUGAAGAAAAUAGGGAGAAGAAUAGAUCCGAUUUGGUGGUGCCAUAUGACAGGAACAGAGUAAUACUUACACCUUUGCCUGGCAGGGAACAUUCAACAUACAUCAACGCUACUUUUAUAGAAGGCUAUGACAAUAAUGAAUCAUUCAUUAUAACCCAAGAUCCAAUGGAGAAUACAGUCAACGAUUUUUGGCGAAUGGUGUCUGAGCAAGGAAUUAGUGUUAUUGUAAUGCUCUCAGAAUUGGGCGAAGGCAAAUGCCCAAGAUACUGGCCGGAAGAUGAAAGUUGUUACGAUCAUAUUAUGGUGAGGUACGUUCAAGCCGAAAGUUGUCCUUACUAUACCAGAAGGGAAAUGUACGUAAAAAGUAGAGAUGGAGAAGAAACAAAGGUGACACAUCUCCAAUACCAUGGCUGGCCCACUGUUGACGGAGAAGUUCCUGAGGUAACUAGGGGGCUCAUUGAAUUGGUGGAUCACUCGCAAUCGUCACUCAUCCCAAGUGGAUGUUCUCCGUCUAUGGUAGUCCAUUGUAAUUUGGGAACAAUAAGAAGUUCAAUGUUUGUGGGACUGUGUAUUUUAGUUGAACAAUUACGUACAGAAAGAAGAGUGGACAUAUUCACCUUAACCCGAAAAUUACGUUCGCAACGGCUAGAUCUUCUCAACACUUAUGCUCAAUAUGAAUUUUUACAUCGCGCCAUUGUCAACUAUGCCGAGCUCCAUGGUCUGUGCAAAACAUGAGAUGUAAAAAAUCCAAUGUGAAAUUUCAUUCCAUAAAGACCACACAGGUCAAAGAAACUAAGAUUCAAAAGUUAUUCGCCAUAUUUUCUAUGUCACAAUUUUAUAUAUUCACUUGUAUAUUAUUUUAUAUAUAAUAUAUACAAAUAAUCAUAGGACAAUUACUAGCAAUAGGGAAAUGAGAUUGAAAUUUUUUUGUCUAUUAAUUUAUUUUCUAAAGCCAAACUUUUUUGUAAUGCCAAAGGACUCACUUAUUCUAUACAUUUUGUAAUAAUUUUUAGAUUAGGUACAAAGUUAUUUGUAUUGGUGAUCAUUUUAUAUGUGUUGUCUUCGAAAUUUUGUCUUGAUUUUGUGAAAAACCAGCGGUAGCCACUCAAUUUCAGAUUGAACUUUUCCAAGUAAUCUCGUGAAAAGGCUUUAUUUGAAAAGAGGAAAUAAACGAAGAUAAAGAUACUGCUGGGAAUUUACUUGAAGAUAAUUACAUAUUGAAUCCUAUAUAACUUCUGAAGACAUUCCUCUCAAUAGUCAUUUAUUUUUUACAUUGAAACAACUGCAUAAAGUGCUUUGAUUGCUUUUCACAUGUAAAAAGCAUUGCUCAUAUUAAUAUUAUUGUCUUGGAUUAAUAAUUCUUGUGUAUAUAUAUAUUCUUAUAUACACUCAUGCUAAAACUCAAAACUACAUAUCGAAUAUUGUAUGUGUAUCGAAUUAAUUCCAUUAGUUUUAUUUGAAUGUGUAACAAUUCCAAAUAAGGUCAAUAGUUCCUUUUUUGAUUGAAGUUAUUCAAAGUGUAGCUGAGCAUUUCUGCGCCCAAUACUUUUAGUGCAACUAAGUCUUGCUGCUUAUCGAGAUUUGUUGAUCAUUCAAGUUACCAAAUUGUGAAGGAAUAUAAUCGUACUUCAAAGAAAGUAGCUACACAAUCAUCACAAAUAAAUGGCUAUUUGAUGUAUUUUUAUAUUUUUUAUUUUAGUUGUAAGCUUUGAGCACAAUGGAAGUACUUUCUGUUUAAUUUCAUAGAUGUAAAUGUGUAAUGCUAGUUAUAAAUGUAAUUUCCAAACUCGCUAAAUGUUUUGUGUAAAAAUUUUAUUUAUAUCUUAGUAUAUGUAACUCCUGGCAUGUCAUCUGUGUUGUAUAUAAUUAAUAUAAGAUUUCUUAUAUUUAGAAUACAAAAUUAAGACUGUAAAUGCAUUCGAUGAAAAAUUUAUUUAUUUAUGUAUAUUAUAUACUAUGUUUGUUUUUUAAUUUUUUAAUACUGAAACGAUGCAUAAUAAAACAAAUAUCAACAAACCAA